GAGGAGGCGGUUGGGGAGGUUGCAGAGCCAUGGCUGACCAACGCAGCUCUUGGAGCGGAGGCUUGACCGGUCUGCAGAAGGUUGCCCUGGGCCUUGGCAUCCCAGCCAGCGCUGCCAUCCUCUACAUCUUGUACUGCCGGUACCGGGAGGACCAAGAAGAACGGAUCACUUUCGUGGGGGAGGAAGAAAUCGAAUUCGUGCUGAAGGUGCCCCAAGAGGCGGUGAAGUUCCUCCUCGGGCGGCAGGGGGCAAAAGUGAACCAGCUGCGGAAGGACACCCACGCCCGCAUCAACGUCGACCUGGAGGAAUCCGGCGAGGAGCGGAUGAUCCGGAUCUCGGGAUCCCCCGUCCAGGUGUGCAAGGCCAAAGCCGCCAUCCACCAGAUCCUGGAGGAGAGCCUGCCCGUGGUGGAGAAGAUCUCGGUGCCCAAUCGGGCCAUCGGCCGCAUCAUCGGAAAGGGUGGCGAGACGGUGAGGGCCAUAUGCCGGAACACCGGGGCCAAGAUUGACUGCAACCACGACGGGGAGGGUGCCCUGUCGCUCACCCGCGUCGUCACCCUUUCCGGGACUCGCAAGGAAGUCCAGGCUGCCAAGGAAUCGAUCCGCGAGAAACUAUCGGAGGACGAAGCUUUCCGCAGUAAGUUGUUGCAGUCGGUGUCGGCACGUGUGCAGCGCAAGCAGCCGCUGGGCACCCGGAGGGAGAUGGCAGCGGCCGGCGACUCAGGACAGCGGCCUUACUCGCACACGGAACCUCGCAGUCGGAUGCCGGAAGUUGGGCACCUCCGCCGAGAGGCUGGCGACGGGCCACCGGAUUAUCGCUCGGGGGAUCCCCCCGAGUCGAGCGGAGCAGGGUCCCCGAUAAACCCCUGGCCUGCGCUGAGCUCCGUCUUUGAAGUCCCCAGCCCGGAUUUCAGCCUCCACGGCAAGGAUCACCUGGAGGUCUACGUCUCGGCCUCGGAAAACCCCAGCCAUUUCUGGAUCCAGAUUAUCGGCGUCAAAGCUCUCCGUCUAGAUAAACUUGUCCAGGAGAUGACAAAAUACUACGAGAACAACGAUGGCGGCGAGCUGGAAAGCGUGCAGGUGGGGGACAUUGUAGCCACCUACUACCCCGAAGACCGUUCCUGGUAUCGGGCCGAGGUCCUGGGGACCUUGGACAAUGGCAAUCUGGAUAUUUAUUACGUGGAUUUUGGGGACAACGGCGAGGCGCCCCUGGAGAAGGUGCGGCUGUUGCGGGGUGAUUUCCUAGGCCUCCCCUUCCAGGCCAUUGAGUGCAGCUUGGCCGGUGUGGCCCCUACUGGGGGGCCACGUUGGGAAGAGGCCGCCCUGGAUGAGUUUGACCGCCUGACCCACUGCGCCCAAUGGAAAUCGGUAUUUUGCAAGAUCUGCACCUACGUGCCCGUGGGCAGCAGCGUGCGGCCGUACGUCCGUUUGUUCAAGGCCACCGACGGGCAGUUUAUCGACGUGGGAGAGGAACUGAUCCGGUUGGGCUACGCGGUGCGGAAGCUGUCGGACGAAGAUGGGGACGCCUCGAUGGAACUGCCCGGAAACCUGAGAAACUCUGCAGGGAUGUCGUUGGAGAAUUUAUCCGAGAUGGCCUCUGUGUCGGAAGGGGAGGAGAACUCGGUGAUGCUAUGAGAGCCUCCGCAGGAAGGCAGAUGGAAAGAUUUGUUUCUUGGAAGGGACCGCAGAAAGAUCCCACCCGCCGGAGGGACCGUUUGGAAUCUUGUGGGGGACACGCCAGCCCCCCCCCCCCCACC